AGGACAAGUAAUGAUCCAUUGUAGAGCUUGUCACAUCUUGUUCAACCAUUCACCUGUUGCUGGACACUUGUGUUGCCUGUACCUUUGACUAUAGUGAACACGUGCUACAAGCUGGGUGUGCAAAUAUCUCUCCUAGAUCCUGCUUUCAAUUCUUUUAAAUAUAUACCCAGAAGUGGGAUUCCUGGAUUAGAAUAAGACUUUGAACCCACCUGGGACCCACUGGAACCUCUUAGCUCCUUAUCAGAAGCUGUAUCUGUGAGUGUGCACUGCCUGUGGAGGGAACAGACUCCCCCCUGCGUUCCAUCUACCUGUCCAAGGGAGGAGAGGUCAACUUCAUGUACAGUGCACUCGUCCCAACCUGCCUGACAGACCCCCAUCCCAACACCCCCCACCCCCCACCACAUACACACACAGCAAUGCCUGCCCAGCCAGCCUUCAGUAACUGGAGACACAGACAAGGUCCCCACUCUAUUUUUACCACCAGUCCCACCAUUUUCCACAGCAGGGGAACUCUGGGCCUGGCUCCUGGGGCCCCUUCUAGCCCAGUGACCACCUCACCUGCCCAGUCAGGCCUGGUGAGAUUCUGAGUGGCUGGCAGGGCAGACAGGCCACCCUGGGUGUCACCCUGACUCACAGCAUCAGGAAGCCAAAUCAGGCCCUUGGCCCAGGCUGGGUGCUUAGAACCGUACCUCCCUAGUCACCCAGACCCAACCAGACCAAAGCUGUCUUUCAGAAAGCUCUGAUGAGAUGAGGUGAAUGCAGGAGUGAAGGUUCUAACACAGGACUUGGUGAGCAGGGGCCUGGGAGUGGCCCCUAUCAGGACCUUGCAAAUGCCCCUCAGGCAAAGGACAUCUGCCCUGUAAUCCCCUCCCCUGAGAGACAGCUGGUGACCAUCCUGUGAGGGAUGGACCUUUUCAGGUUCCCUGCUUCCUCAGCCACACCCUGCCACAUUCCUUCUGGCAAUAUGGGGGCAAGGGCAGGGUGUGGUCACCGCGGGCACUGGGAGGGACAUGGAGCCUUUUACAGCAGGGACGAAAUUCUCCACUGAUUUAAGCUCAGAGAGCUUGUACCAAACCUGAUACCCUGUGUCUCAACCUUGCUCAAGAUCCGGCCUCCCCUGCCUCCGACAUCACACAGGCAUGCAGGGGGCCUGGGUGCUGCUGCUGCUGCUGGGGCUGGAGCUUCGGCUCUCCCUUGGUGUCAUCCCAGUUGAGGAAGAAGACCCAGCCUUCUGGAACCGCCAGGCAGCCCAGGCGCUGGAAGCCGCUAAGAAGCUGCAACCCAUCCAGACGCCUGCCAAGAAUCUCAUUAUCUUCUUGGGGGAUGGGAUGGGGGUGUCCACAGUGACAGCCACUCGGAUCCUGAAGGGGCAGAUGAGUGGCAAGCCUGGACCUGAGACACCCCUGGUCAUGGACCAAUUCCCAUACCUGGCUCUGUCCAAGACUUACAACGUGGACAAGCAUGUGCCAGACAGCGCAGGCACGGCUACCGCCUACCUGUGCGGGGUCAAGGGCAACAUGAUCCGGAAGGAUAAGCGAAACCUGGUGCAGGAGUGGCAGGCCAAGCAGCAGGGUGCCCAGUAUGUGUGGAACCGCACGGCACUCAUGCAGGCGUCCAAUGACCCCAGUGUAACACAUCUUAUGGGCCUCUUUGAGCCGGGAGACAUGAAUUAUGAGGUCCAGCGAGACCUCACCAAGGACCCAUCCCUGGCAGAGAUGACAGAGGCAGCCCUGCGCCUGCUGAGCAGGAAUCCUCAUGGCUUCUACCUCUUUGUAGAGGGAGGCCGCAUUGACCACGGUCACCAUGAAAACGUAGCUUAUAGGGCACUGACGGAGGCUAUCGAGUUCGACAAUGCCAUUGACAAGGCCAGCCAGCUCACAAGCGAAAAUGACACACUGACCCUUGUCACCGCUGACCACUCUCACGUCUUCUCUUUUGGUGGCUACCCACUGAGGGGGAGCUCAGUUUUCGGGCUGGCGGAUGGCAAGGCCUCUGACGGCAAGUCCUACACAUCCAUCCUUUAUGGCAAUGGCCCUGGGUACCAGCUCAGCGGGGGCGCAAGGCCGGAUGUCGACGAAAGCGAGAGCGGGACCCCCACGUACCGGCAGCAGGCGGCCGUGCCCCUGUCGAGCGAGACCCACGGCGCCUUUUACGUGCCCUCAAAUUUCCGAGCUCUUUCCUGCAAUGGUUUGACCAUGGAUGGGCCAAGCAGUGAGUUUUCCAAGUUCUGCUGCCUCUGCACCCUUUCCUCAUCCAGAAUCCUUUUUCAAAAACUCCUUUCCGUGUAG